GCCUAUCGCAAAGACCGAGCGUGUAGCUCCAAUAACACCUUGAUCUUCCUUUUGAGCUUCAACUUCUCCGCCAGACAACGUCCAGGGUAUAUUAUUUGAUAAUGUUGAAACAUGUGAUGAAAAAUCCACACAAGGUUUUACCGCAAUUACUUGCUGCGGCCAUCGGGUCAUGGGGAUUCUUCUGCACGGGGCUGGUGCGCGGUUGGAGUUCGCCUGGAAUCCCAUCUCUCAACGCGACCAAGAAUUUCGAAAUUGAAUCGUCCGAUAUAGCGUGGAUUGCCUCCGUGCCUCCACUGUGCGCGUUGAUUGGAGCCUUGCUCGCUACUUAUCCAUUACAACAUUUCGGUAGAAGGAGAACUCUAAUUGGCCUAUCCAUCCCCUUUUUUAUCGGCUUUUUGUUGAUGGGGUUAACAUAUUUUGGUCGUCACAAGGCAAUGCUGUACGUCGGCCGGGUGAUCACCGGUCUUGUAAACGGAGCCUUGACUCCUGCAUCACAGAUUUAUAUAAGCGAAUGCUCAUCGCCACAUAUUCGUGGCGUCCUCAGUUCUUUAACGGCCAGUGCGUUGGCUCUCGGCAUUCUAACACCGUACAUCAUAGGCGCCUUUGUCGACUGGUGGACCUUGGCCCUCACAUUAAUCAUUUUCCCUGUGAUGUUGCUAGUUGGAAUGAUUUUUAUGCCGGAAACGCCCAUCUGGCUAAUGGCUAACAAGCGCGAGGACGAAGCGAGACGUGCGCUUCAACGUCUGCGUGGAAAACGAACGAAUAUUGACGCUGAAUUUGUGCGGAUUAAAGAAAAUCAAGAGAAGAACGAUAAGAAGAAACAUAAGAUCCAACCGAGGGAGUUGCUCAAAGGUUCCGUUUGGAAACCUCUGAGUAUUUCCAUGGGCAUCAUGUUCUUUCAGCAAUUUACCGGCAUUAACGCCAUGGUGUUUUACACCGUCAACAUCUUCAAAUCGGCUGGAUCCUCAAUCGACGGCCGUUAUGCCACCAUUAUUGUCGGCGUUGUUCAGCUCAUCGCCACAGCAUUUUCGGGAUUUUUCGUGGAUCGCUAUGGACGUCGAAUUCUUCUACUUGGCUCUGCUUCAAUCGUCUCUUGUUCAUUAGCAGCCAUGGGUUCUUUCUUCUACAUGCAGGACCAAUGGGGACCUGAGUUAGCCACAGAAAAACUUGGUUGGUUACCAUUACUCUCGCUCAUCGUUUUCUUCAUCGCUUUUUCCGGCGGAUAUGCCAAUGUUCCAUUCAUCCUCAUGGGCGAGAUGUUUCCGGCUCGUUAUCGUUCCAUUCUUGGACCGCUCAGCUCUUCGUUCAACCUCUGCUGUACUUUCAUAGUGGUGCGAAGUUUCCCCACCAUGCAAAUCACUAUAGGAAAGUACGGAGCUUUCUGGUUUUUCAUGAGCUGCACAUUAGCGGGCAUCGUUUUUGUCUACUUCCUCCUGCCGGAGACUAAAGGCAAAACACUCGAAGAUAUUGAGAAGAUCUUCUCCGCCAAAUACGAUGCAGCCGGCGUGUUGAAAACAGCUGAAAUGCAGGCAGAUAAUUCUUUAGAAGUUAAAAUCACGCCUUCAACUUUGUCUGAUGAUAUUGAAACGAACAAACCAAACGAUGGGAAUUUGCGCCAUCAGAAAUCCAAGAACAGUGGAAGCGUUGCUUUGGAAAACGGUAAUCAGAUUGCAACAUUUUCUCUGAAGCCAAUUAUCGACUCCGAAGAGGAAGACGACGGAUCUCUCGUUGCCGCUCCUUUAUAGUUUUGGAGAGUUUGGUCCUCCGCAUCCAGCAACCGCGCCACUUUAAACGGUUAUUCGUCAUUUUAGGCUAUUACGGAAAGUAAUUGAAUUGUUUGGCUCAUGAAAGGAUCGUUUGUCUUCAUUGUUCAGUGUAUGUUGUACCAUCCAUUACACUGAAUAUCUAUCGGCUAAAGCCAAAUUUUAUAGCGAAUCGACUGUUAAAUUUAGAGCGACUAAACAUCAUGUUCUUUUGUUUUCGUUUCCAUGAAUUAAUAGCUCAAAGUGACAAAUCGUGACACCAAUACAUAAGCAUCUAUGAGCCCAAGAGAUGUUAGACAGCAACAGCAAAUCCGUUAAGAAAUCGUCAAAAUAUCCUCGUUUUCCUUGAUUUUCUUAGGAAAGGUUGUUUUUUUCACACAGAUCCAUCGGCUAGAAUUUAUGGCCUGUUAUCGUCUAGCUGGACCUUUAUAAUUGAUACUCCAUACAGCUCUAAUGCAGUUUUAAUUAUAAUCUGACGUAACUUGAGGUUUUAAUACAAUAUUGACCUUGU